AUCGUAGCUGCACCUCAGUCGCGAUUCUUCUUACAAGUUCAUUGAACGUUUCUCGAUCUGCAGUGUUGGUUUUUAUCAGCCAGUUUCAAAGUCCAUGACAAUGGGCUGAGAUAUGGCCGAUCGCUUGGAUGAUCUGAUUUGUACUUUCCAUCCGGGGGCUAGCGCAAUGGAAACACUUGCAAUUCUCUUACUCGGCUGGAUUAUAUUUGGUACCAUUUUGACAAUUGUUGGAAAGUUCGUGUAUUCCAGACUACUGUUGGACCCACCAAAGGAGACCCAUGCAUUGAAUUCUACAGUUCCCCCCACAUCGGCUGCAGCAGUUGCAUCGCCAACAGUCGAAAAGCCCAACAUAAGCAACACUGAACGUUUCAUAAAUACUCUCAAAUCGCAUCCCCCUCCUGCCCUGCCAAAACUUACGAGAUCCAAGAGUGUCUCAAAGUCGGAUGACCAACACCCAGAUGUGCCUUCAGUAACAGGUUCUAAUUCAGAUUGUGUCAAGUGGGUCACUAACUGCCUGAGCUAUGUCUACGCAAAGACUCAAAUUUUAACCGACUUGAACACUACAUGGAAAGAAUCGCUCAACAAUCAAACCAAACAAUCGGAAAUUGAAACUGGAGUAUCUGUUGAAAUUCAGCAGAUUUUAUUUCAUGAUGACCUUCCCCCGCGACUGAACAACGUAUUUUGCGAACUAACCCCAAAUGAAAGGGCUACUAUCACCGGAGAUUUUGAAUCGCGUUUUAAUAUUCUUGUUCGUGCUAAGCGUGAACAACGCGAUCAUCAAACUAUAUCCGACUAUCGUCUUCAAGUUGAACGACUCCGGGGUCGUCUGAACGCUUCAACCGAUUUCCGUGAUGGCGCAGUUGCAAUUAAAUUUGACGGCUGGCCAGACGUAAGACUAUCGAUAAUAAAAGAUGAGACAGCAGGAAAUAUUAGCGGCGAUGAACAGCUCGUUCAAGACAUCAUCAUUGAGAUGGUGACAGCCGCAUUGCGAGCCGCCACUAAUCAAUUGCAUUGGUCUCGUUAUCCCGACUCUCCGCGAUUUGUUCCAAGUGUCAAUCCAGCCGAACCCAUUCUUCCGGUGCACUACGAUAGCAUGCUAGAAACCAGAUUAAGGCGUUCCUCAAAGGACAAGAAAUUGCUGGUAAAAAUAGUCAAAGCCAACAACCUUGGCUCUCAGAAAGGUUGCCACCAGUUGUACAGCAUCAUCGAAAUGGACGAUCCUCCCCAACGUCAUCAAACGACAAUAAAGCAAGGAACUGAAAACCCGUUCUGGGAUGAAAAUUUCUUAUUCGAUCUAGGACCCAAUACAGAAGAAAUCAUGUUUGAGCUUUACGAUCGCGAUAAAAAUCGCAACACUUUCUUGGGACUUGGAAUUGUGGGCAUGGAAGAAUUGCUGAUGAAUCCUAGUCAACGUCAAAUCAUCCCGCUCCAAUCCCGACCUUACGAAAACGAUUCUGUUUCUGGAACACUAACAGUCGAGUUUCUUUUUAUUGAUGGAGUGGAUGUACCCAACAGUCUGCCUUCCGGUGUAGCAACUUCAGCUACCAAAAUGACUUCAUCUAUGGAUGCCGAAAGCCGCCUAGUGCGAAGAGAUUCAUACAAUCGUGCAACUCAACGACAUUCAGAUAUCAAUAAUUUCAAUGAGCUCAACGACAAACCGUCAACAGCGGCAUCAGCUUCUAGGCAUUUUGAAGCGCGACGACCAAGUCCUCGUCGAGGCUUGAACACCCUUCCCGGAUCAAGAGAAACUGGUUUUACCGAUGGCGCCGAAUCUUUCAAAGAUAAUUAUUAUUCUGAAAACCAGUACACUCCGCUGAUGGGUAGUAUGGCGUCAUCACUUAGUUCAAAAGAAGAAGAUCGUAAUAGAGGACGUUCUCGUAGACGGUCUUUCUUCCGUAAUCUGAAAGAACGUCUCAGUCGAUCCAAGAACCGAUCGAGAUCCGUAGAUCCUGGAACACCAGGACGAGAUGAUUCUCUUAACCGAGAUGAUCCACUUGUUCGAUCCGUUUCGGCUGAUCGCGGUAGAUCUGGGCAAUCAUUACUUGCUGUCCCCGGUCUGGGUGGUGAAAUUGACUCGACAAGAUCGAGUCUGAGUGAAGUAUCGGCCAUCAGUAAUGCAUCGACAAAAACUUAUCUUGACGAAGCAUCAACUCUCGUUCUAGAGUCAACUGAAAAUGGAAUUAAAAAACAUUACUUGAUCCCCAUGGCGCUGGCUGAGAAGCGCAAGUGGAAAAAGAAAGGCACAAAAUUGCACAUCUUUAGCGAUCACGUCUUUGUUGCCAAACACCUUACUGGCGGAUCUUUGUGCCAGGUGUGCGGAACCCCUCUGGCAAGGCGUCCUGGCAAGCAAGGCUACGAGUGUCGUGACUGCAUGUUGCGUUGCCAUAAACCUUGUCACGUCAAAGUGGAAUCAUUGUGCCCCAAUUCUACUGUCCAUUUUAUGGAAUUGGAAUACGUUGAAGACACAUCGGCCGUUGUUGACCGAAAACUACGGCGCAAUUGAACGUUACACGGUCUGUUAACUUAAACGCAAAAAAAUUGUGGAAAAUUGUAUUAUCUUUUACUUUGGACAGAAAAUUUUUACCGUUUAUACAUACUAGAUGUAUGAGGUGCCCUUUAGAAAGCUUUUGGCUAUGUUUUUAUUACCUGAAUGUUUGCUAUCAUUUUUAAGCUCAUUACUAACGCAAAGUAAGACACUUUUAUCUCCCUUAACGUUACAACCGUGUUUGAUCAAAACCUCAAUUUAAGCCCCUUAUUAUUAACACACAUUCAAGUAAACUAAUAAACCGCGAUAUCUGUUCCUGUAAACUUUGCGGCGGGCUAUCGUAAUUUUGAAAAAUUCUCAUCAGUGGGUCGUCGGCUUACCACAUGGAAUUUGUUGUAUUAGAUACCGUGUCGAUACCACUUGGUUGACUGUAUCCAUGCAAUUGUGUAGCGCGACAGGGAGAAAAGAAGUCAAUACAUUCAUAAGUGGAAAACUUA